AUGGAGAACCACACUUCUAUUACAGAAUUCCAUAUUGUGCCAUUUUCCAUGAAAGCCGGUGAUGAACCCGUCAUUUUUGGUGUUUUUUUCUUAAUAUAUGUGUUUGGAGUUCUGCUGAAUUUAGCUAUAAUCACAGUUAUAUGUUUGGAUUCACAUUUACACACCCCCAUGUAUCUGUUUUUCUGUAACUUGUCCUUUGUAGAUAUCUGUUACACAUCAGUAACUGUCCCAAAGCUCCUGCAAAUGUUGCGAUCUGGGAAAAACAAGUUAUUCUUCCCACAAUGCUUCGCGCAGGUAUACUUUUUUGUCAUAGCUGCCAGCUCUGAGGAUACACUUUUAUUUGUGAUGGGGUACGACCGGUACAUUGCGAUCUGUCAUCCCUUACACUACCACCAGAUACUGAGCAAGAAGGUCUGUAUAAUGGUUGUGACUAUGAUCUGGCUGUGUGCAGGUGUAAACUCAAUGUUGUGGUUAGUUUCAGUUCUUAAAAUGUCCUUCUGUCAUUCUACCACCAUCCAUCAGUUCUUCUGUGAUGCUAAAGCUCUGAGAGACAUCGCCUGUUCUGGAUUAAACAUGUUUUAUAUAGUCAUGUUUGCUAAUAUAGUGUUGCUUGGUGUUUGUCCAUUCUUCAUCAAUGUGAUGUCAUACAAAAAAAUUAUCAGUGUUAUACUGCAUAUUAAAUCAAGGGAAGGAAGAAGAAAAGCUUUCUCCACCUGCUCAUCCCACCUCACCGUCAUGACCAUGUAUUAUGUUAUUAGUAUUCCCGUCUAUAUGAUACCACCAUCAGAGCAAUUCAUUUUCCUAGAUCAGAUUAUGACUGUGCUGUAUACAACAGUGAUCCCCAUGGUAAAUCCUCUUGUAUACAGUCUACGCAAUUAUGAAAUCAGGAGAGCUAUUCAGAGAUUAGUGGUACAGUUGGUAACCCCUCAUUAG